GAGCGACUCCCUCUCCGGCGAGGAAGCUGCCUGGCUAGGCGACGACAACGUCCAGACGCCCAAGGCAAGCCGCAACGGGGACAGCCUCAGGAUCAGACAGGUUUCUCGCGGCGGACUAGGGAAACAGUCUAGCAACGAGACGCUCCGGCCGUCGCACCCGAGCCGCAGAAAAGGAGCCGCGGCUGCGACAAUGGCGUCCUCGGACGACCUGGCCACGCCCGAUAGCGUAGCAGAAUCCAACCCAACUGCCGGGCCGACCCAGAGACCUCACACCCCUACAGCCGAUCACAAUGCAGGGCCGAACCCAACCGCCGCCAGCGGUCCCGAUCCCGGGCCCAACCCCCCGCUCACGCCGUCGAGAGCGGUCAAGCGGGCAGCAACCGCGACGCCGCCGCGUGUGAAGAAGAAGAUCCCCUGGAAGGGCAAGAGCGUGAUCGUGCUGCUCCCCAAGGACGAAGAGCGUGGUCAGCCCGGGAAACCCCCUAUUCCCCUGACAGAGGCCAACGUCAUCGGCAUGCUCCGAAGUUGGCAGGAGCUCGGAUACGACAUUGGCGGCUUUGAUCUGUACGAGCCGGACGAGGAUGCAGACCCCAGGGAUUCGUCACAAAGCAAGCGUGCCUGGCCAGACCCUGCAGACAUACUACAGGAGCUGCAGGAGCGUGACUUCAAGGUGGUUCUUCCAGACUUGAAUGCGUGGAAGAGGUAUGUCGACGAGUUGAACGAGGCGAAGCUCCGCGCACUUGGGGUUUCAUUUGCAGACGAAGAGCCCCCUCCGCCCUCGAUUUCCCCGGCGUCUGCACUUAGCAGACAACCGUCCAUUGCGCAAUACCCGCCGCUCCCAUUCUCUCCGCCCAUCCCGACAUCGUCGGCGUCUAGUAAUCAGGCGCUUGCCGGGUUCCCCUUCCCCGCCCAGCUCGUGACGUCCGCCGCUCAGAGCCCCGGUGUCCCAGCCGGAGUCUCGCCGGGGCCGUUUGGUGCCAAAUUCAAUCCCCGCGCAUCGAUCUCGGGAUCAUCACCACAUGCGUGGUCUCCACAAUUGCUUCUGCAACAAGGUCAUCGCGGCGGUUCGCCUUCCCUUGCUAAUCUCGGGGCGGUCAUGUCGCCGGCGUCGCCCUUCUCUCCCGACGGAAUACCGGGUUCUGUGGGACAUCAACGUCACCAGUCACUCCAGUUUUCUACGUUGCCGCAUCAAUUCCAGCCCCCAGUGAGGGCCUCGCCUCGUCUUCAGGAGCUCCGCGAGGUGGACGAGGAAGCAGUGGCCGACGCUCCUCCCGCGACUUCUGAGCAGCAGCGCUUUGUCCGCCACAACGCCAGUGACAGCCUGCAAAGAGAAAUUGACGAGGCGGAGUACCACUUGGAGGAACAGAUGCGGUCACAGCUUGACAAUGACCAAGAUUACAGUCCGCACAACGACAAGGACAAGCCAGAGGCGGGUCCGAGCAGCUCGGCCCUUGGCCAUGCGGGAGACCAGCUUAUGCAGUUCGCACCUCAGUCUCAUCGGUUUGCCAGUGACGCGGACGGCCUCGUUCUACAUCAUCCCCGGCCCCAUAGCCGUGGACAUUCGCUGUCCCAGAAGUACUUCACCGAGGACGAUGUCUCCAAACAGGGAGCGUUCAGGCCCACGCUGCAGCAGAUCAAUGCCCAGCCGGCCGAAGAGGACGAGAUCGAGACGAAUCCGAGCAACCUGGGGACGCCCGUGCAAGCAUUGGAGUUCUCCAAGCUCGUACAUCAGCGCGGUUUCUCCACCGCCAGCAACCCGUGGACCGAGGAGCCUAGCAACCCUCCCAAGAGCAGCCAUCAACCCCACCAGAGCCGUGGCAGUGUUUCCUCCUUCUCAAAGCUCAAUGUGGAGGCGCCCGAGUUCAAGUUCAACCCCACGGGUACUUUCAGUCCCACUAGUGCUUUCAACCCCACGACGAGCACCUUCAACCCGGGCGCGUUCAGUUUCACAAGCAACUCGUUCCAGCCCAUGGCGUUCAACGCUGGCAUGAACUCGGCCACGUUGAGCCAACCCCGUUUACCGACGACUGGCUCUUCCAAGAUCAACGUCAAUGCUCCUGUCUUCUCGCCGGGCCAGAGCGAGUUCAGCUUCUCGACCACGGGCCCCAAGUUCCGACCAGAUGCCCCAGCUUUCACUCCCCAUUCACUGUCUACGUCGCUCACGAGCCCCAUCACGUCGGGGCCCGAGAGUGGUAGCAACCUGGGCGGCUCCGUAUUUGGCACCAUCGACCUCAAGGGUGCCGACCACGCCAAGCCCGGCAAGAGGUCCAAGGCCAUCCCGAUUGUUGCGCCAGACCGUCGGAAAUCUCCUGCGGCCAGUGGCACGCAGUAUGAUGCCGACGAUCGCCCGGUUGUCGAUGAGUCCCGCAUCAAGAGGGCUCGGGCAAAUGCCGAGAAUGGCGACGAUGUACCGCUUUUCGCCGAGCGCGCUAAGGAGGACACGCCCGCCCCUGUGUCUCAGCCGGAUACAUCCGGUCAAGAGGAUGGCGUGCCGGUGGAGGAGAAAUCGUUUGAUGAGUCUAAUCUGGGCAUGUCGUCAACCAUGGUCUCCGAGACGACAGAUACGAAGGCCACAGUUAGCCCGUCUGAACCCUCGCCGGAACAAGCCACGGUGAAGUGGGCACCCUUCGAGUUCAACAACAAGUCGGAUGCGCAAGCCUUCAACGAUGCGAGGCCGUUCGAUCCUGAAGCGCUCAAGCCUGCUCAUAAAAAGUCGUUGUCUGCAACCGCGAAGGAGUUCGUGCCGGGUGCGGCAGUAUGGGAGGCGGCUGUUGAACAGGCUGAGGAGCCUGUUGUGGACCAGAAGUCCGUUCAGCCUGUUGCCGGAGAUGCAGACACGGCAGCCGAGGACGAUGCCGUCGCUAUCUCCGCGAAGGCGCCCGAACGCUCGGAGCAAGAGGAAGCGGCACAACCUCCCGAAGAGCAAGCCGAAGAAGGAGAAGUUGCAGAUGCUACCACUGCGCCCGCGGAGCCCGGUCCGCAAACGCUCUCCUCGGAAAAGGGGCUUUCCGCUUCACGAUAUGCCCAGGCUUCGCCGCCUCCGCCGCCGCAACCCAAACGAACUGGCCUGGCCGCCUCCCGCUUCGCUGCCCCUCCUCCCUCACCACCCUCGGAGGAUGCGCCGGUUGCCGCCGACCACACCGUCUCACCUCUGUCUGCUGAGGAACAGCCUGCCAUGCCAAAUGGCGAGCAGGCAGCAGGCGAGCCGUCCAUGGCUGAUAUAGAUGAAGUGAUGCGUCUUAUGAACGAGAACCCGGAUAUGGGCGUGAACAGGACGUACGAUGAUCAUUCACCGUGGCAUGAGCACAGUCCGUUGCCUCAGUCUCCCAUUGCUCGUGCCGUGGAGUCGUCACCUUCUCGCCUGCCCCCGAGCUACUCUCGCAGCGACGCUCCGAGCCCGAGCCAGGCGGAUGGUCUCCAAUCAGCGGCUGUGGAGCUGGAAGAUCCCUUUGUUGAACCCCCUCGCAGCGGCCAGUCCGUCGAGGGCGCUAUUCACCGUCUCAAUGGAAGCGAGAGCUUGCCUGCUAGUGACUGGGAAGGCGUCUUCGGUGAAGAGGAGCAGAACGAGCUCGAGUCACGGGUUGGCUUCUUCGACGGCCGUGUCAACCAGCUUGUCGGUGGCUUGCUUGACGCGCGCCUCGGCCCUCUUGAGCGGACUCUGGAUAGUAUCAACCGGGCUCUGUCGAGGCGGACUCGAUCCAGCCGUCGCGAGGGAGGCAGCAUUUCUGUCGACAACCGUGACAGCGACGCCGAUGAUGAGGAUGAUGAGGUGCCUGGUCCGCCGCGGUCCCUCAGUCCACGCCGCGACCGCAAGAUGGAGCAAAUUCGCGCCGCUGUUCUGGACGCAUUUGCCGUGCAACGCCGAAACCAGUCAGCAGAGCUCCGGCCUUCUACCUCACAGGCAUCGGAUAACUCUUUUGUCCUGAAGGCACUGGAGGAGAUGAGGGAGCAGAUGAAGGAGGAGCUCGGCCGCUCAGUCCAGCCUGCAAUCCGCAGCGAAGAAAUCAGGAGCAUCCUGGAGGAUGUUGUGGAGCGCCGCAUUCCGCCUCCACAGCCGGCCGCGGAUAAGGAUGAGCAACUCAACGAGCUUCAAGCCCGCGUUGCUGAGCUAGAACAACAACUUGUUGCCGAACGAACCAAGGCCGAGGCCGAGGUAUCGGCGAGGCGGGCCGCCGAGGACCGGGCCGCCGAGGCCAAUCGUGAACUCCACUCUGCUGCUACCAGGAUUGAGGUCGAGAUGAUGAACAAGAGCGCGUUGAACCGGCGGAUUGCCGACCUCGAAGAGCGACUGCAGCAUGCGGAGGGCCAGGCGGAAGAGGAAGUCAAGGGCCGAAGAGCAGCGGAGGAUCGCCUCUCUGAAGUCCAACGCCUGCUUCGGAUAUCGUCCGAGGAAGAGACGCGGCUCCGGGAGCUUGUCGACGAGAAGGACCAGAGGAUCAAGUUAAUCGAGGCCGUCAAUAGCAAGAAUGCGAUGCGUCUCACCGUCUUGGAGGCAAGCCAGGCCAAUGUCCACCAGGCCCAGAGCGAAGCCCAGAACCGGAUCAACUCGCUUGAGGCUGACGCCCGCGAGGCACGCAAGGAAGCUCAGCACUGGCGGUCCGAGACUGAUCGCAUCGUCGCCAUCAUCCAAAGGCGUGACAAGGAUCUUGCCCAGGCCCUCGACGAGAACAAGGCUAUGCACAAGCUUAUCGACACUCUGGGCACCCAGCUGCAGGAAAACGAGCGCGUGCGUGACACCUGGCGUGCCAAGUUCAUCGCGAUGCAAGACGAAAUGGCCCAGGCAACCAAAGCCAUCACCGAGGAAAAUGCUCGCCGGAUCAAGAAGGAGCAGGCGCUGCUCGCCAAGCAAGAGGUUCUCGAGGCCAGACUGCAGGCUGAGGCCAGGACCCGGGAGCGUAUCGAGACGGAGCUCGAGAGGCUGGAGAUGGGUGAGCGCCAAGGCAUGAGGGCUGUCGCCGAGUGUAAGAGGCUUGAGGGCCUUCUGGCCGAGUUGCGCGCCGAGAACCACAAGCUCCAUCAGAGCGCUCUCCGCUACCAGGCCGAGUUCCGAGAGGCCAGAGAAUCGGGCGCGCGCGAGGUCCAACGUACGCGCGAGGCGAUGCAGGCCGAAGUGGAGAACGCGAAUCACCAGGUCAACGUCGCUCGCGAGGAGCUCGAGGCCCAGGUGUCGCGGCUCCGGGCCGAGCUCGACCAAGUCAGGUUGGAUGCGGAUACGGCCAAGGCCCGCCACGAUAUGCUCCUCGAGGAAGCACAGAAUUCGAAGCAGGCCGAGAUAGAGGAGCUGGUGCGGAAGCACCAGAACGAGGUCGAGGACUUGCAGGCGCGCUACGAGCGUCAGCUCAGCAACACGACGGAGGAUGCCCAGAGGGCCGAGCAGAACCUCCUGGAACGUCUCAGCAUCUCGACGUCCAAGUCGGAGUACCUCCAGGACAAGGUGGCGCACCUGGAGGAGAAGCUGGAGAUUGCCAAGGAGGCUGCCCGGGCGGCCGCUCAGGCCGCGAAGUCUGCUUCCGGCUCCGGAACUGCAGCCGCUCAAGCCGAGCCCGCCGCCUCAUCGCGUCAGCUUGAACUGCCAGAAAAGAUAUCGCCGCAGGCCCUGCGCGAAUCCAUCAUGGUAUUGCAGGAGCAGCUGCAGGAACGGGAGCAGCGGAUCGAGGAGCUGGAGACCAAGCUCUCCAAGACUGACCCAGAGGCCGAGGUCAAGAUUUCGAAGCGCGACGACGAGAUCAUCUGGCUUCGCGAACUUCUCGCCGUGCGCCACUCGGAUCUUCAAGACAUCAUCACUGCCCUAAGCCGUGAUGACUACGACAAGAACGCCGUCAAGGACGCUGCCAUCCGUCUCAAGGCGAACCUGCAGAUGGAGGAGCAGGAGCGCGAGAGGGCGAUGAACGGGGGCUCGGCCAUCAAUCUGCCUAACAUCGCGGCCACUAUCCAGGCCGCAACCCCUCGAGUUGCCCAGGCAGUCGGCCCUCUCGCCGCAGCAUGGGGCAACUGGCGGAAGGCGCGGGAGCUCGGCAGCGUCCUGUCGUCUCCCGCCCCGGCCAACGGAAAGGCCUCGACGCCCUCGCGGGCUAGCUCUGCCUCGGGUGGUCUCUUCGGUGGACUCAUGACACCUCCGGCAUCUCGCAUGCGCACAACGCCCCCGAACCAGGCCAAGCAGCCGACCGCGUUCUCCAGCACGGGACGCCGGUUCACGGCGCAAGACCUCGCCAACAGGCCGAAGCCGCCGCGUUCCUCAGCCUCCCCUUCGCUCGCAGACGACGCGAAGGGUAAAGCGCCCGCGGCAGCCGCGCAAGAGACGCCUCAGCGGCGCCCGCUCGCCGAGCCUGUCACGCCGCCCAUGAUGAGCUCCAAGACGUAUGAUGAUGAUGCCCAAGCCGAGGACUUUGAUGAUGCCGGGUUCUUCGAGGAUUAAAAUAACGAAGAAGGGGGAGGGGCCGGGGGGGAGGACCUGACCUCUCACCACCUUCUGAAUAACCAAUCUAAACCCUUUUCCUUUGUCAAAUUUUCCUUGCUGUCAGAGAAAGAUCAUGGAGGAAGCGCAUUGUAGAGCAGCAUGUGGCA